CGAGAGACAAACAGACAUUGAAUUGACUUCAAUUGUUAAACUAUAGUUUCACCAGAACAUCCACAAUUAUCAUCGAGAUGAAGAAGAUCACAAAGAAAGGAAAGAACAGGAAGACAGCCGUCCCUGUCCUGCAGGUGUGGACUGAGGAAGCGGACGCCCUCAGAACGCAUAUGAAGCCUGCGGACCUUGAGGACGAGGAGGAUGCCAUCAUCCCAGUCUGGCAGUUGGGAGUGAAGGUGGUCCAACAGGUAGACACAGUAGACUUUCCUGCACUGCAGAAGGAGCCAUUAAAACGGCAAUCUCUGCAGGAGCUGAAAGCAGACGGUGUAGGUCCCAGCCAGGUUCAGGUCCAGGUUCAGAUCCCUGAGUCUGAAUGCCAAAUUGAACAGCCUACCCUUGAAAUUGAAAAAGAGCAGCCAAGAGAGACAGAUGAACAUCCAGCCCAGCAAACAGAGGUGAUCAGACUGCAGGCUGAACUGUCUCGCAUGUGCAUGGCCCUGCAGAAUCAAUCACAACUGUGGGGUUAUGACAGAGCCAUUCUCCUUGGAGAAAACGCCACACUGCGUGAUGCACUUUACCAUGCAAACUUGGCCCUGGAGAUUCAGAAACGUCAGUGCACAGAGGACCAGUCUAGCCUCCCCGCGGAGGUGAUCACUCUGCCUGAUUGUCAAACACAGGUCUCCAACCAGCAGGAGACAGCAGAGGUGGCUGUCCCUGAAAUUGUAAAGGAGGAGCCAAGCGUGACAUAUGAACAUCCAGCCCAGCAAACAGAGGUGACCAGACUGCAGGCUGAACUGUCUCGCGUUUCCAUCGCCCUGCAUAAUCAGUCACUACUGUGGGGAUAUGACAGAGCCGUUCUCCUUAAAGAAAACUCCAGACUGCGUGACGCACUGUACCACGCAAACAUGGCAGUGGAGAUGAUGAAGCGCCAGUGCACAGAGGACCGGCCCAGUCUCCAGGUGGAGGUGACCACCAACAAGGACCACCAGAGGGAGGAGAAAGACUCAUCUCUCUUGGCCGAGACUCUGAAGGAGAAUGCCACCAUGAAAGCUGCACUGAGCCAGGCCAAGGAAGAACUACAGAACAAAAGCCGAGAGUGGGAAGAGGAAAGAACCUUUCUGCUGUUGGUGAAUGAUGAAACCAUCAAGUUACAGGCUGCUCUCUGCCAGGCCCAAGAAGACCUGAAGAAACAGAAGCAGCAGUGGGAGAAGGACACAUCAACCCUUCUCUCAGAAAAAGAAACCAACAAAUUGCAGGCUGCUCUGUACCAGGCCCAGGAAGAACUGAGGGAACAGCAACAGCAGUGGAAGCAGGACAAGUCACGUCUCUUAAAAGAGCAGAAGGAGACAACAUCCAAGCUGGAGGCUGACCUGCGUCAAGCCCAGAUAAAAACCCAGUGUUCCCUUGAUUCAGAGGAGAGGACCAAGCUCCUGUUCAGAGAUAUGGCACAAAAGGCAAAGCUAAAUCAAGAACAGUGGGAGGAGGACAGGUCCCGUCUCCUGGCAGAACGUGAGGUGGAGACCAUCAUGAUGCAGCAGGCAAAAAUGGACCUGCAUACCCUAAAGUGUGAGUGGGAGAAGGAGAGAGCACAGCUCCUCGCAGAGCAGAAAGAAGCUCUCGAGAUAAAGACCGCCCUGAACAAAGCCCAAGAGGAGCUAAAAGAACAAAAGCUGCAGUGGGAGCAGGAGAAGGCCUCUUUCCGGGAGACUUUAAAUGUCAUCAACAAGUCUCUGGAGGAAGAAGAGCAAGACAGAACCAAGACUGAAAACACUUUAAUGGACAGACUGAGAAACCUGGAGACUCAGGUCGAGGAGGCGAGGAAACCACCGAAGAAGUCCUUCAAGAAAAAGUUCCUGAAGUUCUUUAGAAGAGAUGCCGGGACUCCCUCUCCUACCUCUGACACCCUCAGCAAAGACCCUUCAACUCCUCACUCUUAACUCUAUCUCUAAACCACUCCAAUAACACAAAACAUGCAAUAAUAAUAAUAAUGAAUAAAUAAAAAAAUCAAACAAUUAA